UCGGAAGCGCUGUGAAGCAGCCACUCCACUCUCCAGCAGGUCGCUGUAGUAACGCGUGGGAAGCGGAGGCAGCGAGCAACAGCACACUAAGAGCUGAUAAUUAUAACACCAAAAAAGCCCACACACGCUUCGCUUUUUGGCCGUGACGUGCUAACGGAUACUUAUUUUUGACCAACUUGACGUCGUGUGGAAUUGGAAAAAUACAACCAAGAUAGAAGUUUUCCCCUUCUUUUUUUUAAUUUAUAGAACCGUCGAUAAUUAAUUCACCGCCCCUGUCAAGUUGUUGACUAUUCUGGGGAUUCACAGUUUUCGUGUUCGUUCUGCUUCGAAGCCGGUGUUGUCGACACCGGAGAAGCUGCUCGGUGGCCACCUGACCCUCCGGAAAACACGGCGGCUAAUGACGCUAAGCUAUAUAUAUUGACGCUAAGCUUUAUAAUGACUAACCUAUGUAUAAUGUCGCCAAGCUAUCAGUCGGGCUAACUUUGUUGUUGCUUGGCUAGCUCUUUUAAGUUUGCUAAUACAGUAAUAACGCCAAGUUGUUGCUAAUUUGUGUCGUACUUGUUGAAGUUGCGAGGAGUCCAAGCCAACCUGACUUGCACGAUGCCUUAAUCCCCAGACUGCCAGUCUCGUCAACGUCUCCGCUCUAACGUGGCGCCGCGUCUCCGUCACACCGCCGGCAUGAGCACCGCCGACCCGGAGCGCUCGUCGCUCAGCUCCUCGGCCAACUCAGUGGCCUCCAGCGCGCGGACGCUCUCGGCCAACGUGAGGAAGCUUCACAACGCGCUCAACCUGCUGCUCAACGACUUCGAGAGGGAACAGUUUAUCCACUGCCUAAACGUCUACCACUCCAAGCGCAACGUCUACGACUUGGUGCAGACCCUCAACGUCAUCCUCAACGCGCCGAGCAAGCGGCAACUUCUACCCAUGCUUCGGCUUGUCAUCCCCCGGUCUGAUCAGCUGCUCUUCGAGCAGUACACCUCGGAGGGCCUGUACCUCAAAUCUAGCAACGGUAACACCGGCUCAAGCCCAACACCCCCGGCGCACUUGUCGCCAGAAAACCCGUCCGACUAUCAGGUGGCGCUACGCGGCUCGCCUGACAGCUUCAGCACCAGCAGCGACGGGACAGCUCCUUUGGUCCCUCUUCUCGGUAGGAACUUCAUUCACGAAUCGGCAGGCGAGCUGCGGCAGGUCACCAUGAAGCGGCACAAGAGCAACGAGGGCCUGGGCUUCAGUAUCCGCGGUGGUUCGGAGCACGGGGUCGGGAUCUACGUGUCGCUGGUGGAACCGGGAAGCCUGGCGGAGAAGGAGGGUCUCCGGAUCGGUGACCAGAUUAUGAAAGUCAACGACAAAGUGUUCGACAAAGUCUCUCACGCUGAAGCCGUUAAGGUGCUGAAGGGAAGUAAAAAGCUUUGCCUCUCGGUUCGCUCAGUGGGGCGGAUUCCAGGUGGCUAUGUCACCAACCAUGUUUAUACCUGGGUUGACCCUCUGGGCCAUAGUGUGUCUCCUCCACCCGACCUACCUGAACAUCACAGUGCUACCCUCAGAAGAAGUGACAGCCAGCGACGCAGCAACAUGCAGCUCCUGCAGGAGGGAGACGAGAAAAAGGUCAACCUGGUUCUGGAUGAUGGCCGGUCCCUGGGCCUUAUGAUCCGGGGUGGAGCAGAAUACACUUUGGGUAUUUACAUCACUGGAGUGGAUCCCGGCUCAGCAGCUGAGUGUGGAGGACUCAAGUCUUGCCCCUCCACCACUCCUCUCUGUUCCGUGCAACACCCACAGGUUGGAGAUCAAAUCCUGGAAGUAAACGGCCGGAGCUUCUUGAACAUCCCGCACGAUGAAGCUGUCAGAGUCCUCAAGUCGUCACAACACCUGAUGAUGACGGUGAAAGACGUGGGCCGCCUGCCUCAUGCCAGGACAGUCAUCGGUGAAACCAAGUGGAUCACAAGCUCCCAGAUCGCGGAAAGCUCAGCAAACAGCAGCCUGGCAGGCUUCUCUGUGGACCAGGGAGCCUCUGAAGCUGGAAAGCCUGGCUUUUACAAGGGUGUUGCCGGAUCACAGGUGACCUUGUCCAGCCUGGUGAACCAAUCCAGGGCCAUGCUGGAGGAGCAGGCACGCCACCUUCUGACUGAGUCGGAGAGGCAAACUAUGUACUACUACAUGGAAGAGUACCGGGAUGGACACAUUGGCGUGGAGCAGCUGGUCAUGGCGCUGUUUGAACUGCUCAACACACACGCAAAGUUCUCCCUACUGUCAGAUGUGCGAGGCCUGGUCACCCCGCAGGACCUGGAGCGUUUUGACGGGAUGGUGUUACAACGCGAAAUUCAGGCUCUCAAGGCAAGACAGGGCACAGCUGCAGCCGCCGCGCUCCAACCCGACUCGCUGUCCAUGGUGUCGUACCCUGACACUCUGACGUCGUCCUUGGCCAGCUUCAUGACCAACACCACCCUAAGCUCUGCUCGGAAUGACAGCGUGGUGGAUGCCAAUCAGCAGGGUCCAUCCGAGAGUCUGAACACACUGCUGGCUGACAUCUCUCUGGAUGACGUUCAGUCAACUACAGCUGACUCUCCCCCCUCCUUCAAGCCUCCACCCCCGUCAAGGGUACAGAGGCGCACAAGUCGAAGAGACCAGCUCAACAAAUGCCCUUCGUCCGAAUCCACUCAAUCAGGCUUGUACUUUACACCUCCCACCCACCCUAACCACAGCAAAAAAACAUGUCAAACCCCUUCCUCGCCCUCAGUACAUUACAAACAAGAUCUUCCUCAGGAACCUUCUCGGGACUAUGCAGCCGUCCGAAAGAAAGAACACUUGGCACCAUCCAAGAUGGAACAAAAAGCACCCACUCAGUUGUCCACGGUUGCCCCACACACCAUCGGCCCCUUUCCCCGCGUCCAGUCCCCCAACAGAGGCACCAACCUAUCUGCCGCAUCCCCUUCACCACCACCUCCACCCCCGCUACCCGCACCUCCUCCACCACCCGUUAAGCCCGUUAGCAUGUCCAAAGCCUCCUCUCCGGGCUCUAAGCAACAAUUUGUUACAGUGGAGGUUCACAGGCCCAAUGCAGAGCCCGACGUCAAUGAGGUGCGGCCGCUGCCCCAAGCUCGAGGUGGUGCCCUGUCUCAGCUGUCAGACAGUGGCCAGACUCUCAGUGAGGACAGCGGCGUGGACAUAGCUGAGUCAGGACACGUCAGCAAAGACAACAGCUCCCAUUCCUCAUGCCCACGCCACCUUCCAGACGCCCAAGGGAGUGGGGGGGGUAACCCCGCCAAACCGCCAGGGCUAUUGGAGCCUACGUCCACACUUGUAAGGGUGGCAAAGAGUGCAAGUACGCUGGGUAUCGCCAUUGAAGGAGGAGCCAACACUCGGCAGCCGUUGCCACGGAUUGUCACAAUUCAGCGAGGUGGUUCCGCUCAUAACUGUGGUCAGCUAAAAGUGGGUCAGGUGAUCCUGGAGGUUAACGGGGUUUCCCUGAGGGGUCGUGAGCACAAGGAUGCCGCACGCCUCAUCGCGGAGGCCUUCAAGACCAAAGAGAGGGACUACGUGGACUUCCUGGUGACUGAGUUCAAUGUAGCACUAUAGCUCCGCGGGGGAGGAGUGGGACCGGCAGGAGUUCAGGACGGAAUGAGGAUUUGAUUCUUUUAAAUGGCACAAAUUGUUAUCGGUGGGCUUUAAAGAUCCCCCACCUCAAGAAUCCCUUUUUGGAUCUGGACCGCAUUCCUUCUGCCAUGGACCUGUUCACGAUUCUUUUCAACAUGUUACCUCCCUGCUGUGAGACCUGAUGCACUACAGUAGAAAAUAGCAAAGCCUGUAUAAUCUAUAUUUUGCUCUCUUUCAAACCAAUGGAUUUGCCGCCAUAUAAAAUUGACUGGAACUUCUUGCAGUCGUCCAAGAUACCACAGACAGUUUAUUAGUUCUUUGGAUUUAUAUGUGUAAUAACAGAUGGAUAUGGCUAUAUAUAAGAUAUACUAUACAGUAUACUGUACACAUUAGAAGAUCUCUACACAGAACAAAUGAUGUUGUAUCAACAAAUACACGUACAUUAUAUUUACACAGACAGUAUAUGACCAGAGUAUGAAUAUAAGACCAGAGCAGCUCACAUGUUCGUUAGUAAAAUAUUGUUCAUUGUUUUUAUUUGAGUACCAAAUGAAUGACCGUGGUUGGGCUCAGCCGUCCAUUAUCUACGCAGCUUAUUUUGUGCAGGGUCACGGAGCGCCGCAUGGAGGAUGCAAGCCAAACCACCUGGAAGGAGAACCUGCAAACUCCGUACAGGUUUGAAUCCACAACUUUUUGUUUAUGCCUCCGUGACCACGGUUCAUUGUUUAUUCCCUUCUGCGUGAUGUCGCAAAACAUGAGAUUCAAACAUCUAUUGAUGACCGCCCAUAAUGUUACUUUUUUUUUAAGUCAAGAGUUAACCCAUAAGAACCCAGACUCAUUUCUGCUGACUAGAUGUUUUUUUUGUUUGCACUUUUUGUUCUAUGUAAUGUCAAAGGUGUGUGAUGUUACAUGAACAGGAGGUCCUCGGGUUAAUCGCAAGUUCCAUUCCUAGACUUUGAUGUAAGUAGAGUUUUGGUAUCAGUCGGAACUUAUACUGAAAUUAUACGUCACUCACACUGUAUGCACAACACAUGGACAUUAAAUACAGUAAUAAAACGCUGAAAUGUGAAACAAAGUACAAAAAUAGAACUGGAAAAAAUCAAACAAAUACAAAUUAAAAGCCAUAGUAGUAGCAACAUUUUUAUCUCAAUGUAAGACCACUACACUGCCUACUUAUUGUCCAUUCUUUAACAUGCUCAAAGAUACUGUAGCGGCCUGGCAAUUAAGUGGAGUGUUUUGUGAAUUCCAAAAGUCUGUGAACAUGACAUCAGUGGCGUGCCAUCAGGGGAGGCGCAGCCUCAUGAUAAAAGUAAGAAACGAAAAAUGACAACAUAAGAUAAAUAUUGAAAUCUGUCCAUUGAGUUAGACAGUAUUUUUUGUAUGAUUACCGUAUUUUCCUCACCAUAAGGGGCACCGAAUUAUAAGGCCCAUGCUAAAACGUGCGGCCUACAAAAAAAAGGCAACGAAAGCAAAACAGUGAGUUUAGUUGAACUUUAUUCUACUAUUUAACAAUACACUCACCGUAUUUUUUAAUCAAUCUUCUCCCACAAAUCCAUCAAAGUCCUCGUCUUCUGUCUCUGGAUUGAACAGCUGGGUAGUUUCGCCGUCAAAAAAAGCCGGGUUGCCUCUCAUCAUUGUCUUGUCGGAGUCCGACUCGUCAGGUGGCUGUUCAGCAAUGAUGCCGGCUUUUGCAAAAGCUCGGAUGACAGUUAAAGCACAUAUCUUAGCCCAGGCAGCCACAAUCCAUUCACACAUGGCGGUGUAACUCUCCCGGCGCUGCCUCCCAGUCUUAGUAAAGGUGUGUUCACCGUCUCUCAUCCAUCGCUCCCACGCCGCUCGCAACUUCACUUGGAACGCCCUGUUUACACCGAUGUCCAGCGAUUGGAGUUCUUUUGCUAAUCCUCCCGGAAUGAUGGCAAGCUCCGAAUUCAUCUGCUUCAUUUGUUUCACUUCACAAAUGUUGUUUUGCAGCGUACCGGUAGUAUACCUACCAGACGCGUGGCGGAGGUAAGCGUACGUCCUGUACGUAUUACGUCCCUGUGUCAGCGGGAAAUGGUCCGACAGUCAAUCAAGCAACAUUUUUACAGAUUUUGGAACUCAGUGCAUACAUAAAGUGCACUGGAUUAUAAGGCGCACUGUUGUUUUUUGAGAAAAUUAAAGCCUUAGAGUGCGGAAAAUACGACACAAUCAUUUUUAACAUUUUCUUAAGUAAAAAUCACAGCAUUUGCAAAUGUCCUGAUCAAAACCUAAGAUGAAGAUGCCGUGAGCGUCUCCUCGGCUUCGUGUGCACCCCAAGCUUACCGUCUGAGUGCACUCAAUGAGUAUACUGAGUCGGAUCAUGGCGCCUGCCAAUUUCAUGCUAUAUUAUUAGCAUGUCGCUAAAAAUCUAAUGUUGCAGAAGCUUUUAUUAUACAACAUGGCUUUCUACAGUCUGUGUGAUGUCUUUCAUGUAAGUGUGAGAUCAUGAUUCUUUAUUGGACAAUAAAAUACGUAAAUGUCAUAUGUGGAAGGGGUGGGGACGUGCAUGAACUGGAAGCCGCUUGUCAGUGCCGUUGUUCCAAAGAGAGGAAAAGCGUUUUUUUGUUUGUUUGUUUGUUUUUGGACAGCAGCAUUGCAGCACCAGCUGGAGACCAGCAACUAAAAAGCUGAAUGAAUUAAUUUGACUGCCAAGAUGGAGGAUUAUAUACCAAGCUCACCAGGAGGUUAUCGGACUUUUACAACAAAGUAUCAGAGCAUUUCCUGGAGAAGGAUAGGGUGCAUGUACUUCAUAUGCAGGCAAAAGUUUUUCAGUCAAUAAAAAAAAUGAAUGGGACUAAGAAUAAUUUGAAGACAUUUUUUUUACCAUAGUGAAUUAUUUUCUUGUUCUUGUUAGCUUCUCAAUGAGCAGCCUGUACUAACAUAAAAAAACCAAACCUCCAUAGGAGUCAGUGCCUCAUCAGCCAGUGUCCUGACUGCAUGUGCACUGUAGCUGCGUGCAGAGAGAACAGCUGAGUUUGCUGAUGGUGUUUUGGCAUGGUUCGGCCAACAGCAGCCUGUUAUGUUCUUGCAAUAAAGAGGUUGUUGAUUGACCACCUCAUGGUCAUCCUUACUACAUCCAGGUAGACGUCACCAUACCAUCUUCAUCCUUGAUGGCCGCGACAGUCAAGUGUUGAGAGUAGUGUGGCUGUGCCUGAGCGACAAACUGUGUUUUCUUCCACUGUAACUCCUUCUUUAGCAAGUAUUGUCUUUACGGAUCAAAAUUACAUUUUUAUUAUUUUAUGGGAGUGUGUACGUAACCACAAAACCAAGGACCACCUGUACAGUGUUCCCCCGUUUAUCCCCGUUUAGGUAAUAGGUUCCCAAAAUAGCCUGCAAUUAGUGAAAUCUGCAAAGUGGCCAACUAUAUUUUUGUACAAUGAUAAUAUAUGUUUUAAGGCUGUACAACUCCUCACCACACACUUUAUACGCUUUUCUCAUACGGGCAUUAACAUUUUAUCACAUUUCUCUCUUGUUUAAGAACUCAAAAGUUCAAAUUCCGUUUGAAUUUUAUUGAUCAACUUACAAGAUUGGACACAAGAAAUUAAGUGACUCACUCCUCUGAUCAUGGCUUGUGGCUGUAGCGUUUUUGUAUCCUUGUUAAAACAUAUUCCUCCUCAUCGUCCUCCAUCAACCAAGGAUUCAUUUACAGCAUUCCAAGCGCCUUCAGCCACGUAACUUCUGCCUUCAUUCAGCAUUUACAAUCGCAAGCAGCUAGCAAUCAUACAACAGGAAACAGGCAGUCCUGCAUGAAGGAGAUUGAUGGACAGUGGUCUCCAGCCAAUCAGAACGCAGGACAUAAUGGGCGGGUGUUCCCUUAGCCAGUCAGGACUGUUGUGGCUCUAUACAUACUGAAAUGAAGUGGACACGCUGGACAUGUCAACUCUCAUGAGUAUACAACACCCUCUACUGGUAGCAGUAGUAAAUACAAUAACAGACACAUGCAGCAGAGCACCGAUAGAUCACUCCAAUACACCACAAGGACGCAGAACACAAUGCGCGUUCAUACGCUGUUAAAAAAAAAAUGUAAAAUUGCAUGUAAAAACAAUCCGCGAAGGAGCGAAUCCACGAAAGGUGAACCGCGAUGUAGCGAGGUAACACCGUAUAUGUGUAUGUUACACUGGGCGUUCAAGUUGAAUGCAUAAUAACAGCUUUAAAAAUGAAUAAAAAUUGCCGACAGUGAAAUGCGACACAUUAGUAUGCGCUGAUAUCUAUAUGAACAAUCUGGAUGUCACUUCAGUUGCCAUUGGUGUUGACUACUACUACACAGGAAGCUAAAUAGCUAGUCAACAAAAGUCGUGGUAGCUCAUGCUCAGGGAAACACUGCCCCAUAGUGUUUUUGAAGAGAAUUGCCAGUCAGAAGCAAGCAACCCUCAGCCUUAAUUUUGAAAAAAAACAAUGAAAGUACUCACUUAAAAACCAUUUUCAUCAUACUGCUGUCAUAGAUAAAUAUACAGCUGUGAAAUAGGAAUGAAAUGAAGUGGUGAUUUUGACACCGGUGCCAUCUUGGUUGUAAUGUCACUGUAAUGUCAAGCCGGCAGUGUACAGUCAGCUUCCGCGCCACACUGAGAGCACUGAGAGCCGCGGGGGUGGAGCUCGCCCUGUUUUACACAGCGAGAUCUAAAAGGCAAAUGUUUCCUGAUCUUCAGUAAGCCUGUGUAAAGGAGGAGGGUGUGUUUACUGUGUUCAUAUCUUAUUGUUAGUCUAUUGCUACUCUUAUUUGUAAAAUGAAGUGGAUUAUCCAAAGAUUCUUCGGGUAAAUGAAAGUAAUUGAUAAGCCAGUUGCUAUUACAUAUACUCACCAGAAGAGUGUGCUCCUCACAAACCACACUGAGCCAUGUUAAUGUGAACCAUAGAAUGAACACGGAAUAAUCUGUUAUUCGCUGUUCAGUUGUGCUAAUUUAAGAAAGUUCUCAAUUGCCAAAGUGUGAUGGGAGAACUUUAAGAGGCGCUGGCUGAGAUAAAAUAUUCAAGUUAGUUUAUUUUUGAUGAAAUGAUGGCCAAUUUUAGAUUAACAAACCAAGAAUGAAGUUUAUUUGUACAUCUAAACGUAAUUAAGGUGUUUUUAGUCACUUUUUUUUGUCUCUACUACGAGAUAAGGGUUUUUUCCAACAGCAUUUUACAACCUCAUAUGCAAAUGAUAUUCAAACUCGACGAUGGCAUCACCUAGCGACUUCACGGACAGCCGAUUGGCAACAGCGACAGCAAGGCAUGUUUUACGAGCAGUUGACAAGCACAGCCAUGAACGCACGCAAAGAAAGUGACACAUUGACAACAAUAAUAACAUUCACUAAUAUUGUGUAGUGAGGAGUUUGGUGUGUUUUACUGGCAGUGAUAGCCACCACAGAUAGCACAUUAGCCUCCUAGCUAGCGUGUCAGUUAAAGGAAUUAGCAUUGCAUUAGCCGCCAUGCUCACGAGGCUGUCUGCUAUGAGGCACGUUGACGUUGACGUCUUGUGGGUUUUUGACUUUUUAUUUCAAUCUGCGGGGCAGGAUGGAAGUUUGCAAAUCUGACGAGGCGAAUGGAGUCUUUUAGAAAUGUCAACAAGCUCACUCCUCCUCGAGUGUUCCGCAAAAGCCUUCAACAUCACAAGCGGGACAACAAAUACAAACAUAGCAAACAAAAGAAGACCUGGAACAUAACAACUGAGAAAGCAUUGGAGUGAAGGAGAAGUUCCGGGUAGGACCUUACUGUAUAUGGUGUCGACCUCACUUGCCCCGAGCUGCCAAAAAAAUGUUUAAUGGUAAAUAUUUCAGUAUUUGAGCAACACAUCUAACACAGGAAAUAUGACUUUCAAUGUUUCGUUCCACGGUGGAAAUAAGAUGAACGUGUUUUGGUGUCAUGAGCACUUUAAUCCAUCAUGAAACACCUCUCAUGUUUCCCAUCGACCACUUGGGGGCUUCACGAGUUCAAGCCAAGCACAUCUGAGGACAUUUCAGGUGUCCUUGUGGGUUCUUAUGGGUUAAAUUCAUCCAAGAAAAAAGCAGAAGCAUUUCUGGAUGGUAUGUGACAGCACAAACGCGUGUUAACACAGCAGAUCUCUAAGUGCGUGGUAAUAUUUGAAAGUGCUUCCCUUAGACCACGCCGCACCCCCCGCCCCCCACUGAAUAAUCAUCAUUUUAUUGCAUCGUUUCAAAGAACUAAUUAAACGCUCCCUGGAGAGCAGGACGAAGCCAUGCCCAGUGCAACAACAACACUCAGGGCACAGAGUAAGAAGACUUUUAGAGGACACUGCCAAAGGUUUUGUCCGCCUCUCACUCUUUAAGACAAUUUCUAUCAAUUUCUAGUGAAAAGGCAAUUAGGAGAUAGGAUAUCAGGUGGAGUGAGAGGGAACGACUGCCUGGGAAUGGGAGCAAGACUACAAAUUUAAAGUGUAAACAAGAUGUGGUUGUAGAUGAGUGGAGAUAGAGAACCACGUCCUUGCUUAGGUCAACCGGUGGAACUUCUCAGAACGCUAUGCAUUCAGGGAGAGAUGGCCCACCUCCCAUUUUUCAUACUGGGAUACAAAUUACAGUGGAUCCCUGCAUACUGGUGAUUCGUGACCCCCCCACCCCCAUAUUUUUGGUCCAUUUCUUAAUGUUUUUCUAAAAAUAGCUACUUUUUCCCCCAGAAAACACAUCACAUUCACCCCAAGUCAGUAAUCAAUUAGAAAUAGGUGAUAAUCCAGGUAAACUGUACAGCAUACAUGUACCACUGUUAAAAACCCCACAAUUUUACAUGUUUAUGUCUUUUUGCUUCACUGAUAAUACUUUUUCAUUAAGCGUUGAGAUUCCGCACUCUCUUCAGCGGUCCUUGAACACACCAUAUUUGUGGUGUGUGAAACAGUCGUCCCUUGUUUAUUGCAGUUUAUUGUUUUCCUGACUGUGAUAAGUGAAUUUCCGUGAGGUAGGAUUCCAUCCAUCCAUCCAUUUUCUAUGCUUCUUAUACUAAUUUGGAUGGAGCCUAUCCCAGCUGACUUUGGGCAAGAUGCGGGGUAGACCCUGGACUUAUUGCCAACCAAUAGCAGGGCACAUAUAGACAAACAACCAUUCACACUCACAUUCAUACCUAUGGACAAUUUAGAGUCGCCAAUUAACCUAACAUGCAUGUUUUUAUAAAAAAACCCACUCACGCACGGGGAGAACAUGCAGACUCCACACAGAGAUGCCCAAGCGGAGAUUCAAACCCAGGACUUCUUGAUCUCUUGACUGUGUGGCCAACAUGCUAACCACGCAUCCACCAUGCGGCCCACACAGGAUUCCUUAUUUACAGAUAGAAUAUUUUUUAGUUAGAGCAUAGAAAACCUGUUUAAGACCUAAAUAUGAUUUUUAGAGCUCUCUAGACAUUAAAUAAGACUCCUAUAGUCAUGUUUACACUUUUAUUAGUAGACAUAAUAAUACAAAAUAAGACAUCUUAAACAUAAAUAGGACAUUACAUAGACCAGGGGUCACCAACAUUUUUCCUUGUGAGAGCUACUUUUACAAAAUGAAAAUGGCCAAGAGCUACUCAUUUUUGUAACAUUUAUUUUCAGAGCUUAUUUUAAACCCAAACAAAGCGAAUAUGCUUGUUUUACCAGAACAUGAACAAAAUGCUGGUGUCCACAACUCACAUGUUGUAUUUCAGAAUGCAUUUCUUUCUACUGUUCUUUCAUUAUUAACUGAAAACCUGAAUGAAAAGCAGGCUUGCGGGCACCUCAUGUGGUCGUGGGGGGCUACCUGGUGCCCGCGGGCACCACGUUGGUGACCCCUGACAUAGACUCACACUAGCAUUGACAGCAUACUUGGUGGCGAUUGUCUCUAUGUAACGUUCCUGACACCUAGUGGCCAGUGUAGUAGAAUACUACUGCAACGGCACAGAGAACAUCCACACAGGAGCUGCUGUCAGCCGCAACUCACACCAGUCACUGGCACUCUCCACACUGCUACCCAUGCUAGCACUCAGCAACUCUACAAUAGCUAGCGGACGUCACACACCUCACUUUGCAGUCCUCGCCUCUUAAAGGCGCACACAAGGCCACAGAUAUUACACUACAUAUAACAUCUUCUAUGAUAUUUGUAUUGUUCAUUUCGCCAUUUUUAUGAUUGAAAAUGUUUAAUGUGAGCCAAGUACGUACAAUUUGCUUAUGUGCUCUAUGUGUAUGUUUUUAACCACAAAACAGUGGUCAUUUAUGAAUGAAUUAAUUAUUAUUAUUAUGGAAAAACCACAAUAGAGUCAGUGUGCAAUGUUCGAACCGUGAUGUUGCGCGGGACGAAUGUAUAACAGUCCGGCUUGCUAAACUUGCUAAAGAGAAGGGGGGGGUUCUGGAGCGUUGCCGGCUGUGUAGCUUAAUGAGUGACAGAUGGUGUGAACCAGCUGGGUUCAUCCAUGAAAAUGACCUCCCGGUGUUCUUGGAAAUUAGUUAGUUUGGGGUUUUUUCAGACUGAAGAAAAAGCACGUUAAAAGAAAAACAUGGACCUGUUGUGAUGUGAUUAAAUGGGGCUUAUUCCGUGUCCUAGUUUGAUUGAAAUCCUUUGUUUCUAGCAAGUAGGAGCUAACAUACGCUCGCAGGUUGACACUAGCUUAGGUCUCAUUUGUUUUUCAGUCUAUUAUACUCUUUUGGAAAUGCACUGUAUGCAUAUUCAGGGGUUGAUUAAUACCGAUAUCUGCAAGUCAAUGCAGUAGAGUCACUGUGUGCACUCAGAGACACUUGGAAUUAAUUCCGUGUUAGCCUGUAGACUUGCUAAAAGUGAGAGCUGCAGUGCGUCCUUGAAAAGGAAUUCAUUCCUGCUAAGAAACACAAAUACAAGCUUGUGCUUCAUGCAUGACACCUACACACUAUUUCAUACUAUUGUGCGGCUUCAAUCGAUCACGUUUUUUUUCAAAAAUAUAUGAAUUAAUAAAUCAUGCUCUGUUGUUGUUGAAUACGACCUAUUUUUAGUCCAAAAAUAUGAGCAAUUAAUAAUCAAAAGGUAUUCAGAAGGCGCAUUGAAAGAGGUUGUGAUGAUGUGUAGUAUUCCACACUGGUCACUAGGUGUCAGGAAUGGUUCUGGAAUGUUCGGUUAGACCAGUGCUUCUCAAAUAGUGGGGGCGGGCCCUCCGGCGGGGAUCUGAAUUUAUCGUACUCGACACGCCAUUUGACUCUUGAACACUCUCGUAUGCUUCACUGCUCUCCAUUUUCUUGCAUUUUCCUGCUUUCAGUUUCAGUUUACAUUACUUUCCCCUGGGGUGGGGGCACGACAAUUCAUUAGGAAACACGGGGUUAGACACACAAGCACCAGACUUGGUCGCUGGCGUGAUCGACAGGCUUUUAUUGCAGGUUUACAUGAUCUCACAACAGGCACGAUAAUCACUAAUAAAAUACUGCUGCGGCUGUAGCUCACGCCAAGUCAAAACUCAACUCUGAACCCCUGACAUCACUUCCUGUGCCCCCCCCCAAAUAAUUUCCCCCAGCACCAGAACACAUUGACAGCAACACACAAGAGCACAAAUCUUGUUUUUGUCUUAAAUGUCUUAUAUUAUGUCUACUAUAUUAGGCAAUGUGAGUGUAAAAGUGACUAUAGGGGUGUUAUUCCAUGUCUAGAGAGCUCUAAUAAUAAAAAAAAUCUGUACGUAAACAGGUUUGCUAUGCUUUAACUACGAAAAUAUUUCAUUAAGAAGUAAGGAAUCCACCUUUGCGACAGGUCUGGAACCAGUCAACCACAAUAAAUGCGGGAUUAUUAUGUUUUAUUGUCCAAUUAAAGAACGAUGAUGUCACACUUACAUGAAAGACAUUACACAGGAUAUAGAAAGUCAUGGUGUAUAAUAAAUGUUUCUGCAUCAUGAUACUGUGUUAUUGGCGACAUGCUGACAAACAGAAACAGGCGGUAGGCAUAGCUUGAGCACUGAGCGGCAAAGAGGCGCUGGCGGCAGCCUCAUCUGCUCUGUAUUUGAUCAGAAAAUCUGCAAAUGCGGCGAUUUUUACUUCAGAAAAUGUGAAAAACAAUCAUACAUAGUGCAGUUCAAUGGACACGUUCAUAUUUGUUUUAUGUUAUUCAUUAUUCCGGUUUUUAUUCUCCGCCAUGACAGGUAAGGUAAGGCUGUGCCUCACCUGCCUCCCCUGACCACACGUCACUGCCAUUCAGCGAGGAGAUGACGUCAGGGAAAAGCUGAGGAACAGCGGAAUGGCAAUUGACGAGAGAAGGGGAGGGUUGUGGUGCUGAAUCGAAUCAAAUGAUGACAACAGCCACGUUUAUUGCAAAUGUUGAUUCAAAGUCGGAGGAGAACAUCAUGAAGCCAACGGGGAGGGGGGUUGUGUAGCUAAAAUAGACAUUCUUACGGGCGUAUCAAUUACGGGUGAAGUUUUUUUUCACUUUUGCCGGUGGUCCCGCAACGUAACCCCAAUGAAAAGCGGGGGUCUACUUCAACACCUGGUAGCAUUGCUUGUUAAUAAUGAAAUAAUUCAAUUUCUUUAUUACCGGCGCCACAGUUUGUACAUCCCUGUCCCAUUCCGAGUGCAUCCUAAAUUUCAUGCCGGCUGCUUUGGUUAACGAUGCUCAGGUGAAACGAAGACGAAUGCAAAUGCACCUCAGAGGAAGUCAAGCGUGGAAAGCGAUCAACUUGACAAGAAACAGCCAUUGUUGUAACACUUGAUGUGUUUUUCUGUUCUUAUACAAUCCGCGAGCAGGUGAAGACUCAUCAAAGAGUGCUUAAAGAUUUGUGUUCCUCCCUAAUGAGCCCAUCUCUUCCAAACGUGUCCAUGGCGGCAGAGCUUCCUGUUUGAGCUGCUGUUAAAAUGCCAGCGGGGAGGGAGGGAUGAUGGAGGGAGUAACGGCAGCCGCAGGCAGCCUCAUUCCGAGGCGGAGACUCGUUGUCUCGGACUUUGUAUUGUUGCUGACACUCAAGCAAGGUGUGUCCUCCCCCAGCAGUGACCCUUUCACUCCCGAUGUUGAUGUGGAAUCAGUCGGCUGCUUGACAGAGUGUGUUUUGUUCCACCACCACCUUGUCAUCCUCUUCAUUUGCUUUUCUUUUAUUGUCAGUCAUCGUUUUUGGUUCGGUUUGUUUGUUUGCCAGCUCCCUUCACGUUUGAAAAAGGUUGUACAAGGCUAUUUAUACAGAAAGUGUGUUUAAUAUUUUUUAAUAAACAAAGCUGCACAACAAGCUGUCGGCUG